AUGAACGCCCUCCACACACCUGCUGCCAAAGAUUGGAUCGGUUACAAUGCCGCAGUCCCCCACCUCCCAUUGUGUCUCCUCCUCAAAAUGAACCAGAUCUUGCAGAUUGUUGUGGGAGCCGCAAAAAGGAAAACCACCCAGAGUAAACUUCGCAAUGGCCAACCGAUCAUGGCAGACACUUUCGUGAACGUCUUCAAUGGAGUCACACAAGCCAUCAGCCACAUCAAUCUCUCAAUCAGUAUGGGCAACCUUGGCCCGUACGGCACCUGCCCCAACCUGCAUGCUAUUCUCAAUGGUAAACCAGCCCCCGCUCCCAAACGUGAGAGCCCCAAUUCCUGUGAACGGCCUGACCCAAUCAAACGCGCAAAACACCCACCUCAAGGAUCUCAUCCCGGAUACCUGACGUAUGAAGGCCCAGGCCAACUUCCAAUUGCCCCCUUCAAAUGUAAGCACCCCAUCACUGGCAAACAGGCAGCCUUCUGUUCCCAUUUCUUAUUUGCCAAUUACAACUGCAACCGCCCACGAUGCCACAAUACCCACUACACCAAACAGUUUGCGGCAACUAUGGGAUCUGCCGACACCCAAGCAUUUGAAAAAUUCAUUGAAAUAACCCCUGGGGUAACCCAUUUGACCCCAAAGCCUCAUGGUUAG